AUGAGAAAGCCUUUGAUCAAGACUCUUAGCUGCAUUCACAGUGAGCUGAAGGACAACUCUGGAGCUAAGGGAGAGAGUAAAUUCACACUGUGUUUCUCUCUUGUAAACUGCUCAGAUUCCAUGGAAAAUAAUGUUACAGAAUUUAUCCUCACAGGUCUUUCCCAAGAUGAGGAGGUGCAACAACUAUGCUUCUUUUUGUUCUUACUCUUUUACAUUAUUCUCAUGACUGGAAAUUUUCUCAUUAUAAUGACUAUCCAGAAAAGUCCAAAUCUCAGUUCUCCAAUGUACUUCUUCCUUCGCUUCCUAUCCUUUGUUGACAUCUGCUAUUCCUCUGUGACAGCCCCCAAAUUGAUUAUUGACUUCCAGGCUGAAGUCAAACUCAUCUCUUUUGUUGGUUGUAUGAUCCAGCUUUUUUGUGUGCACUUAUUUGGCUGCACUGAGAUCUUUAUCCUCACAGUGAUGGCCUAUGACAGGUAUGUGGCCAUCUGUAAACCUCUACGCUACACAAGCAUCAUGGACUGGAAGGUCUUCUCCACACUGGUAGCCACCUGUUGGUUGGGAGGUUUUCUGCACUCUUUUAUCCAGACCAUCCUCACUGUACAACUGCCCUUCUGUGGCCCCAACUUGAUUGACCACUACUUCUGUGAUGUCCACCCUCUCCUGAAGCUGGCUUGUGCAGAUACAUAUGUGGUGGGGCUCAUCGUGGUAGCCAACAGUGGCAUGAUUUCUCUGAGCUGCUUUGUAAUCCUUGUGGGCUCUUACACUGUCAUUUUGCUUUCCUUCAAGACUCGUUCAUCAGAGGGAAGGCGCAAGGCUCUGUCCACAUGUGCUUCCCACAUCACUGUGGUGAUCUUAUUCUUUGUCCCCUGUAUCUUCAUCUACCUAAGGCCUUCCACCACUUUUACUGAGGACAAGAUGGUGGCUGUGUUUUACACCAUCAUU